AUGUCAAAGACAGUCAUUGAACAGUCACCAUCAUCAUCAACAUUAGAACAUAAAACAACAAAUGUUGAGGUAGGUUCGUUGGAAGUCAAUAAAGAAAUCACUGAAAGCCAAUCGGCGGAAGUAAUCAAAAGUGGAACAGCAGAGGAAAUCGAAAACGAAAAUGAAAUCAAUUCACAUGUUUGUAAUGAAAAUAUUGUUUGUGUUAGGGGUAUAACGAAAAAUGCAAAUACAAAUACCAAACAAACGAAAUCAACAAAAAGAGAAAAGUUAAAAACAAUUUUCAAUGAUGAAAACGGCAACGGCAACAAAACGUUUUCUGGCACUAAAACCAACCUGGAAGAGGCAGCCGUUGCUAAGGUUUUAAAAUCCAAAGCGGAACGACAAUUCAAUCAAAAGAAUACGGAAAUUUUGGUAACCGAUGCCAUUCGUAAACUCACAAAGAAAUCAGUGACCACCAUAAAAGAUAACAAACAGCCGGCUAACGAUGGUCCACCACUUACCUCGCACGGCAGUGUUAUUAUUGACAAACAAGUCUCGGUAUCGGGGCCAUUUAAAAAAGUCAAAUGCAUUUACACCAUACUCAACAAUGAUCAGAUCAAUACAUUGCGCCGUCAUGCCCAGGAUGCGGUCAAACAAAAUAAAAUCUUUACCAUACGAGGCAACUACAAUUCGGUGCGUCAUGCCUUGAAGUCGCGGGGUUGGGUGGAGAAACUUGAAUAUCAUCGUAAAUCUGUAUUCGUGCCAAGCAACCUGAUUAAUCCCUGCGAUUUGUCACAGGUUUUGCCUAAACGGAAAACGGGCGAAACUCAACGUCAAUUUAUCGCCAAAGUUGAACGUAACAUCAUGUCCCGUUACAUUGAACAUGUACCGUGUGAUCUGCUUUGGACCCCGCACAAGGAAAAGGCCGACUACGUGGAACAGUCAAAGAAUCCCAAUAUGCUAAUCAAUAAAUUCAAUCGGGCGCCAUUUACCAAUAAGGAGAAUCUAAAUGCUUUCCUAAGGGAUAUUGCGGCAUUCUACGAAGAAGGUGUUGCGGAAAGUCGCUUUCCACGCUGCUACAAUGUUUGGUCACCCGAAGAGCUUGGCGAAUUCAUUGAACAUUUCAAGCUAACUGCUUGUAUCGCCUUUGUUCGUUGGCUGGUGGAAAAAUAUCAAGCGGGUGGUUUCGAUGUUGUUUUCUCGGCCACGGGCAGGGUGCCAUUCACUUGCAUUGAAUUUGCCUACAAACGUUGUCACGAAUUCUUGGAUACAUGCCAACACAAUGACAUAGACGGUGAAGAUCCGAACAUUUGGGAACACGAUUGGGAUGCAUUUCUAAAUCAUCACUAUCAAUUAACGCACGAAGGUUAUAAAAUCACUGCCGAUCCACAGAAAAUUGUGGAAAAUGUGAUUGUAAAGGGUGCCCAGCUGUUGGAUAGUAUUGUACCGUAUUGGCCUCAGUACUCCAUUGAUGGUUAUCAGAAUUUGUGGAUAAUAAAACCGGCAAAUAAAUGUCGUGGUCGUGGCAUUAUGUUGAGCAAUAAUCUAAAGAAAAUUGUUAAUAUUGUUAAUCCGCCAAUUGCAUCGAAAAGUCGUUAUGUGGUUCAAAAGUAUAUGGAACGUCCUUUGAUUAUACAUCAAACUAAAUUUGAUAUACGUCAAUGGUUUCUCAUCUCCAGCAUUAACCCAUUAAUGAUUUGGAUGUACAAGGAAUGCUAUUUACGAUUCAGUUCGCAGGAGUACACACUAACCAAUCACCACGAGUCAGUGCACUUGACCAAUCAUGCCAUACAGAAGAAAUACACAAACAAUGGCAAACGUGACAAACGUCUGCCCAGUGAAAAUAUGUGGGAUUCGUAUUCAUUUCAGGCCUAUCUGCGUCAAAUUGGCAAGCAAGAAGUUUGGUUGGAACGAAUAUAUCCCGGCAUGCGUAAGGCCAUAGUAGCAGCUAUUCUGGUAUCACAAGAUCACAUGGAACGUACCCCAAAUACGUUUGAACUGUUCGGAGCGGAUUUUAUGAUAUGUGAAAAUUUCUAUCCAUGGCUGAUUGAAAUUAAUUCGAAUCCGGAUUUGGGAGCAACCACAAGUGUUACGGCGCGCAUGUGUCCUCAGUGUUUGGAGGAUGUCAUUAAAGUUGUUAUCGAUCGACGUAAUGAUUUCAAAGCGGAUGUAGGAAAUUUCGAAUUAAUCUAUCGACAAGUAAUACCACCCACACCGGCCUAUAUGGGUCUUAAUCUGAUAGUCAAGGGUCGACAAAUUUCAAAUCGUUCCAGUAGUCAUCAUCACUCCGGCUAUGGUUACCAUCGCAAAGAAAAAACCCUGCAAACAAGUCAAAUCUAUAAACAACGCACCACAUUGGCUCUGGCAAAUUCGUCACAAUCACAUAAACCCAUGCCUGCCUUUAAUGCCACCGAAUAUAUAGAAAAAUCUCUAAAUAUGGAAAUCACAAACAGCCCUCGUAGUUCGAGUAUACCCAGUUUGAUAGGCCUUACAGCAACAGACCGAAAACUAUUACCCACCACACCGGUUGCGGCAGAUAAUCGAUGUAAAGCCUUUGCUAAUUUGGCUGUGGGUGCUGUGAGGCGUAUUCCAGCAAAUAAGCCAACGUCAACCGCGAAUGGUAUAUGUGAUGUGUAUUCAACAUUGAAAAGGCAUCGUAGUUGUGGUCCCAGACUAAAUACACAUUGUGUAAUCGGUAGUAAUACCUGCAAAGAUUUACAAAAAUCGAAAUUCUUUGUGGCCAGUUAUAAUCAGCAAAAAGCCAUUAAUUCAUCGCGUAGUGCUGGACGUUUAAAAGCAAAUACAUUGGAUGCCCCAACUAAUCUCAGCAUUAGCAAAUCAGCUGAUAACAUAAAGGAGUUGUGCAGCAGCCCCCUCAAAAGAAACAUAAAAAUCAAUAAAAGUCUUAGCCCUUUAUUGCCGGGUAGCGCUAACUUAAAGACACGCCUAGAAGGAAUCGGUUGUAAUAAGGGAAAGAAACAAAACGAGUCCAAUGCCACCACUAUACAUGCUAUUGGAAAAAGCAUAACAAGUUGGAAUACCAAAAGAAAAAUGACAGCUUCCAAACAAUCAUCAGCAGCUCCUUCCAUAACCACUAAACAUGUGGAUUAA